AUGGACUCUAAGGACAAAUUGAUAUGGGGUAACACUAAAAAAGGCCAAUUUACUGUUAGUAGUGCUUAUCAGCUGGAAAUGAGUAGGAAAGAGACAGUGAAGGGUGAAUGCUCAGAAGGAAGAGAAUGGGAGAAUAGGUGGAGGGGUAUAUGGAAUUUGAAUAUCCCAAGAAAAGUCAAAAUCUUUAUGUGGAAAGCUGUAAAGGAAUUGUUAGCUACAAGAAACAAUUUAUACUUGAGGGGAAUUAUAGAAGAUCAAAUAUGCCCAAUAUGUAAGAGUGAUGUUGAAACAACAAUGCAUGCAAUAUGGUUCUGUCCAGCAGCAGCAAAUGUUUGGUCUAAAUUAAUAAAUGUGAUUCAGAAAUGGAGCUCAAAUGAACUUGAUCUUUUAGCUUUGUGGGAAAGAUUGGUGGAGAAGGUAAGUACAGCAGAAUUAGAAGAGAUAGUUAUGGUUAUGAGGAGCAUCUGGCUAAGAAGAAAUGAACUUAUAUUUGAUGGCAUUUUCAAAAGCCCAAGUCAAGUGAUGGAACUAGCUAGAGAAGAAUUAAGAAUGUUCCAUCUGGUCCAGCAGAAUGCAAGGCAGAGCUCAGAUACAAGAACAAAAUGUAGGGAUUCUCUGUGGAGAAGAAAGGUGGGACUUGGCCGAGUGGUUAUUAGAGACGAGGAAAGGGAAAUUCUAGUUGCUGUUGGUGAACAAAAAAGGUUUGUAUUAGACUCCACAGUAGCCGAAAGUUAUGCUCUAUGGAAAGCUUUGGAAGUUUGUAGAGAUCUCAAUUUCAGGAAAGUUUUGUUUGAAGGUGAUGCUCAAGUUAUAGUGAAUGCAGGCAAUGAAGGGAAAGAAGAUUAUUCCAUUUAUGGUAGUGUUAUUGAAGAUGCAAAGAAACUGUUAAAGGCAAGAGAGCAAGGGAGUGUCAAAUUUGUGUACAGGAAAACAAAUGAAGCAGCACAUGUUUUAGCAAAAGAAGCUAUAUUAUGA